AGAUGAUAAUGGGCGUGUAAGCAGCGCGCCUGUAAUUAUCCACACCGGGUACCAGUGGUAAUGCGCUCAUGGGGUCUGAGCAGGUGGACAUGGGGAAAUGUCCAGAACAGGACACUGGAAAUGCCGUCCAUAUCACUUCUUCCAGCAAAGAUAUGCAGGACAACGUGAACAGGUACACUCUUGGCUGGCUGAACGCACCUCCAAACGCUUGCUGCUUCUGCUGGUGCUGUUGCUGUAGCUGCUCCUGUCUUACAGUAAGACCUUCUAAGGCAGAAAAAAUUCAGGAGAAGAUACAGGAAAAACAAAAUGAAGCUACAGCUGAGGAACCAGCUGUUCUGACACUAGAGGAGGCCCAGUCGUGGGCACAAUCAUUCGAGCACUUGAUUAAAAGCCCAAAUGGCCGCUCCAAUUUCCGUCAUUUCCUCAAGAGUGAGUUCAGUGAGGAGAACCUGCUGUUCUGGCUGGCCUGUGAGGAGCUGAAGAAAGAAACCAACAGAACUGUGGUGGAACAGACUGUUAGGCAAAUAUAUGAGGACUACGUCUCUGUGCUGUCACCUAGAGAGGUGAGUCUGGAUUCACGUGCACGGGAGGUGAUUAGCAAGAACAUGCUGGAUCCUUCCUCGCAAACCUUUGAUGAGGCACAGCAGCAAAUAUACACACUCAUGCAGCGAGACUCAUAUCCUCGUUACAUGAGCUCCAGCAUUUAUGCAGACCUUAUUGAAAGCUUGGAAUCAACUAAAACAGCUGAGGAGUCCUAACAUACAGGCACAGGCACCCACAUACAUAAUACAGAAUUUCUAUCUAUCUAUCUAUCUAUCUAUCUAUCUAUCUAUCUCUCUCUCUCACACACACACACACACACACACACACACACACACACACACACAGAACAAUUCUAUGAGAUGACAAUCUCAGACACAAAUACAGUCCCCUCUGAAAGUAUUGGAACAGCAAGGCCAGAUCUAUUGUUUUUCUAUACACUGAAGAAAAUUGGAUUUAAGAUCAAAAGAUGAAUGAGAUGAAAGAUCAGAAUUUCAGCUUUCAUUUCCUGAUAAUUACACAUAGAUGUGUUAAACAAAUUGUAAGAUGACACCUUUUGUUUGAAUACACCCAUUUUUUCAAGUGAUCAAAAAUACUGGAACAUGUGACUGACAGGUGUUUCUUUUUAGCCAGGUGUGGCCUGUUAGAUUGUUUACACAAUUAAUAACACAAUUAAUUUGUUCUUUAUUGU